UUCUAAAACCUUUAGUAACUGUUCAAAUAUAUUUGAACAUAAUCACCUUUAUUCAAAACAUACAGUUUGUUUUGACUCCAUUAUGUCCUGGGAAGUUGUUGAAAAUAGUGGAAGUUACAAUUUAAGUUGUUUCCUCUUGAAGUGAAAUGGGCAGACACCAUCCAGUCUGUCAAAAGAACAUUAAAAAUAUUAAAUUCUUAUCUAUCUCAACCCCUCAGAAAUUCUGCUGUUGUAUAAAUUGCAAAAAAGCAUGGCUAUUUUUAUACAUUAUACACAGUUAUGCCAGUAUAAUAACUACAGGAGUGAAUGAAGAAAAUCUUCAUUUUGGCACAUAAAUACUCAAAAAUAUAAUUCAAUCAGUACGUUAAUGAAAGCUUGUUCACAUAGCUCCAUAAUUGAGAUGACAUAAUUUAAAUAAAAUCUUGCAUUGUCUGAAACGGAGAAAGAGAAAGCAAAUGCUUCUUACUGAAAAUGUUUAACCUAUCCUUUAUGCACACCACGAUAGAGUGAACACUACUUGGAAAUAUUGUGCUUAAAUAAUUAACUUAUUACACCUAUUGUGGAUUUACAAUUCUCUGUCAUUGUAUUGAUUAUUUGUAUGUAACAGUUAUGCAAAAAAAAAUGUUCUGUGCUCUCUCUCAGUUCCCCCAAGAUAUAUUAUUUUGCAACAAAAUUGUCUUUUGACCUGGGUUAAGUUUUAUGAUUCCACUCUGUUGAUGAUCAGCUCACAGUCAAAGCCACGCCUCCACAUUAAGGAACAUGAUAUUGCUGUGUUGCAGCUUUAAAAAGGCUGGCUCACUUCCUCUUGGUUAGAAGCACUUUUACAAGCCUUCCAGCAUAUAUAUUCAGGGAAUUCACUCAACUCUGAGCAGCACAUGGAAAUGGAGGAUCAGAUGGAAAGCCAGAAGAGAAGAGGAGUGAGCAAAGACGUGCUGAUAUCUGAAGGGCCGGUGGGAUCUCUGGGAUGCUGCGGCUGGGUGCUGGUCAUCCUCUCAGGGUUUUUUGUUUUUUUGACCUUCCCAAUAACAAUCUGGGCUUGCUUUAAGAUUGUUCAGGAGUACGAGCGGGCCGUCAUCUUCAGGCUGGGCCGCAUCACGGACCGAAAGGCAAAAGGACCAGGAAUUUUCUUCAUUUUGCCAUGCACCGAUUCUAUUGUGAAAGUGGAUCUGAGAACUGUGUCAUUUGACAUCCCACCACAAGAGAUUCUCACUAAGGAUUCAGUCACUGUGAGUGUGGACGGUGUUGUGUACUUCAGAGUAAGCGACCCCAUCGCCUCUGUGGCCAACGUGACUAAUGCUGACUUCUCCACUCGGCUGCUGGCACAAACCACCCUUAGAAAUGUUCUUGGCACCAAGAACCUGGCAGAGGUCUUGUCUGAUCGGGAGGGCAUCGCCCACAGCAUGCAGUCAAAUCUGGAUGAAGCCACGGACAACUGGGGCAUCAAGGUGGAACGUGUCGAGAUCAAAGAUGUGAAACUGCCUCAUCAGCUGCAGAGAGCCAUGGCUGCCGAAGCUGAAGCAGCUCGAGAGGCCAGGGCAAAGGUGAUUGCAGCUGAAGGAGAAAUGAAUGCCUCCCGGGCCCUGAAGGAGGCGUCCCUUGUUAUUGCAGAGUCUCCAUCAGCACUGCAGCUCCGCUAUCUGCAGACUCUCAACACCAUUGCAGCGGAGAAGAACUCCACCAUCAUCUUCCCACUGCCUAUGGAUGUCAUAUCUCACUUCAUGCGCAAGUGAGGCUGCUGAAGCUAUCAUUUGAGGAGGAAGGAGUUGGGCUGCAUUUAUUGCCUAUGCUAGAAAAAAAAAACUGCCAGAAUUCACUGCCAAUCCUUCAUGGCUUAGUGAUUGUUAGCUUUGAUCAAACAGAGACUUUCUUAUGGAUGUGAUAUAAACAGAAAAUGGAAUGCGCGGUAAUGUGGUUUCUAAUUUUGUGUCUGUAAUGAUAUACAAGUAACUUAAUGUUUUAAUAAAUGUGUUUGUUUCAUUGUGUCGAAAAAUUCAAAAAGCUUUUCUUGUAUCUUAAUUCUGGAAACUCCCAAAUGAAAUGCUAAUGGGAAGUUACAAAGAAACUAAAUGUGUUUUUGAAAAGUCAUGUUUUGAUUUUAUAAACUAUUACAGUGAUACAAUUUUGAAAAGGUCAAACUAAAACUCUUGGCUUUUUCAAACUUUUUCCUUUUACAAUAAAAAUCUGAGCAGUG